CACGUGGAGACGAAAUACGGUUGGUCGUUAUGCUGCCGAGUUGCCGGGUCGCCAGGCACGUCAGGCUGGCCGCCAGUCAUGCGCCAAAGGCCGCCACGGGAAUCAGAGAGGCUGUUAACCGGGGCAAACCUCUUCUUCCACUGGACGAUCUAGAAAGCCUUGUCCUCUACAAAGAUCGUGAUGUCAUCGCUCUGAACAAGCCGUCCGGAUUGUCAGUGCACACUGGCCCCAAGGUAGCUGAAGACCUCUGCUCAAACUUGCACCACUGGCAGUAUGACUCUCCAGACCCACCUAACUUGGCCCAUCGCCUCGAUCGUGAUACAUCCGGAGUCAUUCUACUGAGUAGAGACUCAUCUGCAGCACGAAGACUAGCCGAACUGUUUCAGCAGAGAAGGAUAAAGAAAACAUACUGGGCUAUUACAGUUAAUGUUCCUUCAAAACCUGAAGGGAGGGUAACUAUACCACUAGGGACCAAGGACUUGGCCACUCAGAACAGCCCAAGACAUCAUAUGCACAGGGUACAAUGUGUAAUCCUCUCUCCCCUAGAUCUUCAGUUCUACUGUAUAUAUGACUGUAUGUAGGUUGUUCUGAGGAAGGACAAAGUUGACCUCUACCAUGAGGUAAUAUUAUAUGUAGCUGAAAACUUCAUGGUUCAAGAACCACAUUUUCUCCUGUGAAACUCUGCAAGUAAAUGAAAUGUUUCUCCACAGAAUAAGACUAAUGUAAAAAUGACACUCAGUCUUUUCUUGCCCGAGAAAUUUACUACAAAAUUUUGCCCUCGUAUUCUCGCUGUCUGUGGUAUCUCUCUUGAUCCAAUAUCCAGAAGGUGGUGGGGCAGACCCUGCCGUUUGGCAUCCAAAUGGCAGUCACAGAGUACCGAGUGUUGAGUUCCUGUGGUCAGAGGUGUGGUCUGGUUGAAGCCUCCACUGCCACUGGCUUCAAACACCAGGUCAGAGUCCACCUGGCUGACGCCCUCCUCUGUCCAGUGGUGGGGGACUAUAAAUUCGGAGGACCUCUCUUUAGAGCAGUUCCUAAUCUCAAGAGAAAACUAAAGAACAUGAAACUCAUCAAACGCUCGCCCAUGUGUCUCCAUGCCUACCAGCUAUGCAUUCCUGAUUACCAUAGAGACGGGAAGCCCCUGGUAAUCAAAGCACCUCCUCCAGCUAGUUUCAGACAGGUUGCUAGGCAAUUAAUGUUGAAUAUUCCUAAAUGACUUAUCCAGCACCGGACAAUUGAAUUUAAAAUCAAUAUUCAUCCCUAGUGUUAUUAUAGCAGUCAUGUGCUUGGUCAUGUCAGUUUGGUGAUGUGCUAGCUGUGAGGGUGUGGGAAGUGGGGAGCAUUUGUGGAGGG